AUGUCCACGAACAAAGAUCUCGCUGGCAAAGUCGCCCUAAUCACAGGAUCCAGCCGCGGAAUCGGGGCUGCCAUUGCCUUAAAAUUUGCCCAACGUGGUGCCGAUAUCGUCCUCAACUAUGUCUCCAGUGCGUCAGCCGCCGAGGCUGUGGCUGGACAAAUCCGGGCCUUGGGCGUCAAAGCCAUCGCACUUCAAGCAGAUGUAUCACAAGAAGACGAAGUGAAGUCUAUGUUUGAGACUGCACACCGCGAGUUUGGUCGCCUCGAUAUCGUUGUCAGUAACUCGGGGAUCGAGCAUUUCGGAGAUAUCUCGGAGGUCAAGGGUAGCGACAUCGAUGCUGUCUUUGCCGUCAAUGUCAAAGGGCAGUACUUUGUCGCGCAGCAGGCUUAUCGCUUCAUGGAAGACUAUGGCCGAGUCAUGUUAACCUCGUCGAUUUCAGCCGUCAAGGGCGUCCCUCGCCAUGCCGUAUACGCUGCUUCUAAGGCAGCUGUGCAGGGCAUGACAAAGUGUCUUGCUGUCGACUUUGGGUCUCGCAAAAUCACAGUUAAUUGCAUUGCCGCAGGUGGUGUCAAGACUGACAUGUACGCUGAGAUGUCAGCCAAGUAUAUCCCUGGUGGUGACAAGAUGAGUCCACAGCAAAUUGACGAGGCUUUGAGCAAAUGGUCUCCACUCGGAAGACCUGGAGAAGUUGAGGACGUCGCUGGGGUGGCUUCUUUGAUUGCUAGCCCCGAGUCACAGUGGUUGACUGGGCAGACCUGGCAGGUUUCGGGCGGCGCUUAUAUGGCCUAG